AUGUUCAAUUAUCGCUACAGAAACGAUGCAACAACAGCAAGCGUUGCUAGCGACCCCCGCCAGCACCUCGCCCAACUCCUUCUCGCGCAACUUCUGGAGCAGCGCCAGGUGUCGCGGCAAUCGCCCGCAGACCACCAGCACUCGGCGUCCACGCGCGUCGACGCCUCUCCGCUACGGCCUCGGUCCGUCGGCGUCGAGUCCGUCGCCGAACAGCAAAUAGUCCAAACGGAACCAGCAACCAUCAACAACAACAACAGCAAACGGUCAGACACCUUGGAAACUUUGCUCAGGAAACGUGCCAAUGUUGAAGAGCGGAGAUCCAAACUCAAGUCGAGUCCGACGCUCAAGACCGUCGUGAGUCGGUUGGACGCCUCGGAUGACGACGAAGUCCCCGUGAACAGACGCCGAGAUGUCACUUGCGAAAACUGCGUGGAUGGGACUGAGUCGAAUCUGAAGGCCAGGUGGACAAUGCCACUCAAUGACAUGGGACACAAAAAAUACUAUCUAGGCAUUUUCUUCAAGUCAAAUUGGUACAAAGCAAACCAGUUUUGCAGGUACCAUGGCAUGCAUUUGGCCAGCAUAGCCAGUGAAGAAGAGAACAAACACUUGGAAACCCUCAUCAAUAGCCAGGGAGAUGUCACUUGCGAAAACUGCGUGGAUGGGACUGAGUCGAAUCUGAAGGCCAGGUGGACAAUGCCACUCAAUGACAUGGGACACAAAAAAUACUAUCUCGGCAUUUUCUUCAAGUCAAAUUGGUACAAAGCAAACCAGUUUUGCAGGUACCAUGGCAUGCAUUUGGCCAGCAUAGCCAGUGAAGAAGAGAACAAACACUUGGAAACCCUCAUCAAUAGCCAGGGUCUGGGAUUGGAACACUUCUGGACAUCCGGAACCGACCAAGGGGAAGAAGGCACGUUUUUCUGGCUCUCCACGGGUCGGCCAGUGACCUACACCAACUGGAAUGCAGGGGAACCCAACAAUUUCGUCUAUGAAAACGGGGAAGAAGAACAUUGUCUUGAGCUUUGGAACCGGGACGGAAAGGGGCUCAAAUGGAACGACACUCCUUGUUCAUUUGAAACCUUCUUCAUAUGCGAGGUCACUGCUUAGGCCAAUCAUCCAUCCAAUCAUCCAUUUAAUUCAUUCAUUCAUCCAUCCACCCUCGCCAAUGUGUUUUAAAAUAUAUUUUUUUUGUACUGUGCCAAUCGACGGAAUGAAAGGAUUGGCAAGAGUCGCGGUUGUUGUUUUAGGGUGCUUUUUGAUGCUUGAUCGUUUGCUUGUUCAUUCGUUCAAUCAUUCAUUUGUUUGUUUACUUGUUUGUGAUGCUGGGGAACAGUUGUUUUGUUCACUGCCAGGCGGGAUUUCAGCGGAUUUUCUUAAACUGCGCCAAAAAAAAAAUCGACUGACAGAUUCGCAGUUCUUCAAUAAAUUUAUUCAACCGGGGAAUUUUUGACAUGAGUCGGAUCUUCAAAGGGUAACAACUGCUCCUGGUUUUAAAUCUGAUGAAAAAUUAGAUUUAUAACGGAAUUUUGCAACAACAAAAAGUGUCAGCUGAAACGAGAGAAGCAUUCAAAAAUCAAUUUUAAACUAUAUAUAGGUACUCAUUUUCAAUUGGAUUAAAUGGUUCGAGGAAAAUGGCUUGUUCUUGACUUUCACCUGUUAAUCUGGAAAAGAGUGACAGAAUUUAAACCGAUUUUUCAAAAUACAUCCGGGAUAUUAGAAAAAUUCUUCCAAAUAUUCUUCCAAAAAUUCUUUGUUGCAAGGCAUUUUCAUCUCAAUUUAAUAGCUGAACAGCAGUCUUAAGUCAUGUUCUCAUUUUCCUUGAAUUGUUGAAAAGUUGAAAAAGUGGAAAAAAGAUUUUUCCCCUUGACCUUCGUGCAUUUUACUUUGGAUAAUCAAUCAAUUUUACGCAAAAUUCCUGAGCUAAUGAGUCAUAAAAAGUGAUUUCCUCUGAAGUGCUUGAAUUAGAAUUUUACAGGUUUGUUAAGGCAUACAUUUGAAUAGAGGUCUUUGGAUCUCAGGUUAGCCUAGACAAAAUGCUUACGUCAUGAUAAUUUAAUAUUGUCUUAGCCAACUUAAAUUUGUAUUAGAUAGGUACGAAAAUUCCAAAGGACUUGAAAUUGCUCAUAAAACGUUCGUAAUUCUUUUAUAUGUCUUGAUCUUUUUCUACAAACUCACUUCAAUUCACUCAUUUUAUUUCAGAAAAUUUUCUGUUUAGGUGACAAAAAUUCGAUGCCUGUGGGUGAAGAAAUUGAAACUAGAAUUUACAGUUCUUGAUUUUUACUUCUCUGCGAUAGAAAAGAUACUUUUUUUAUGAGUUAUCCCCGGAAGUCAUACGACUUCUUCCGCAUUAAAACGUUUCAUUCAUUUUUGAAUCUCGACCAAAAAGUUGCUCAGCGACUUUCUACUUUUUAAAAGUUGGUUGCGAAGCGAGAAAAAAAUAUGACAAAAGCAAUUGUGCGGAAACCUGUUCUGUGAAUACACGAGAUCCUUUAGGCUUCUCAAUUUUUCUUCCGUGUCGCGUGUUAUCGUAAGAUUUUUUUUUACAUUUUAGUUUGCGAUUACGAUUUUUGCGGGUUUUGAUGAAGAAAUACGAAGCAUGUUGAGCAAGCAACGUU